AACGCAUCUCGACUUGCUCUGGCAAGCAACGGUGACAGCGGUUACGGAGGGAAUAUAUACGGAAAUGACGACAAACCAAUGAUUGCGCCCAAACUGCAUCCAACUCAAUUUUCAGGUUUACGAUAGACAACGACCGCAGAUAACGAGUGGGCAUAAUGAGAGAGGUUGGGUGACGGUACAGUCACGACUGCAGGGCGUAGCGGUGGCCCCGGUCAACGUUCAAUGUCGCCGGCACAGCCACAGCGGAUGCUAUUUCCUAAUCUGGCAUGUUUGAACUACUUCAAGUUAGCGCCGUCGGACGCGACCACUGGCAUUGACAAAACGUUCACGGGCCACUGCGCACUCAGUGAAAUCUACUUGUUGAUAUGUGCCCCCGAUAUGUGCCUCUGCUCGCUUCGCAAAGAAGCACAGCAGUAUGCCACCACUUCUACUGCGAACUACCCGAACAUAGGCUCGUCACUCGGACUUCGUACUAAUCUGUCAAUACUAUCCGGAAUUGCUCCAAUUAGCAUUAGGAACAAUCCUACUAGACGGAUUUUCCCAACACUCAAAUUGACGAAGUUGGGUGAUGGGAAUUUGGCCAGGUCACGUGUAGCCACCCAACAUGGCAAGUCUCACCUCAGUAGCGCCCACAACCCGGUCACAAAGGGUUACCAGCGCUGGGCCUGGGCCUCUAGGCGCCCACCUUCCGCGGCCCUAGGCUGGGGUUACCUGGGCGCUGCUCGACCAAUUUGGCCACUGUCCCAAGGUAGCGGUGACUUAGUGUCCCGCACCAUAGGUGCAGAGGAAUUGAUUGGCACCCACAAGCGCGUCUUCAACAGACGGCUUUACGUCGCCCCAAGGGUACCGUCUCGGAAGUAUGGCGACACACAGGCAGCCAGCCUCGGACAUCACCCGGUGCUAGAGGUAUGCCAGCGCGGCUCAGCUAUGGCUUGA